AUGAUUCAGAGGCAGGAGGUGGUGCUGUCUGUCCUGAGGGAGCUGCAGGAGGCCACCAACACCUCGGGCCUCAACGCCGUGACCCGGGUGGCCCAAGAGGUGGACCAGCUGCUCGCUCCCUUCCAGCUCCCCAACGGCCCGUGCAAGGAUUUCCCAGAAUGGGCGAGCGUGGACGAGGCGGCCCGCCGCCUGUACCCGGCGGACGCGCCAGCGGGCCUGCUGCCCCUCAUCUGCAACGGAGAGGGCAACUUGCUGUUCGACGCAGUCAGCAUGCUGCUGGUGGGAAACACUGAGCUCAGCCUGGAGCUACAGGUGCGAACUGUGGUGGAAAUGAUGCUGUGGAAGAGAUACUACUUGUCCGAGAUGAUUGAUUCUAAAAUGAUGCUUCAGGCUGUGCGCUUCAGUCUGUGUGCGGAUGAGUCUGAGGACAUGCUCAACCUGCCUGCGGCGGUCUUGGAGGCCAUCUUCGAUGCAGACGUGAAGGCCUCCUGCUUCCCGGGCUCCUACGCCAACAUGUGGCACAUAUAUGCUCUGUCGUCGGUCCUUCAGGUCAACAUCUACUCCAUCUACCCCAUGUUCAACUUCAAGAUCAGGCCCUAUUUUAACAGAGUGAUCCGCCCCAGGACCCUCCCCGAGGAUUUUUCCCCACCGACCAUCCACAUCAUGUGGUCCGGCCGGCUGCAGUCCGAGUCCGUUUUCAGGCCGAAUCACUUCGUCGCCCUGGUUCAGACGAGCGAUCUCGCGUUUGGAAGCCCGGCCAGCGAGCAGAGGGUGUCGCCGACAACGAGCGAGGAGCUCCUGAGCCGAGACGCGCAGCUUUCUUUCGACAGCCUGAAGGACAAGUACAACAUCGCCAAGAGCACCUUCUACCGCUGGAAGCGGCAGACGCAGGAGCACAGCAGGAAGUCGGCGGCCAGGUACGACGCCAAGUCCUUCCUGCAGGCUUGUUACUUGGAGGGCAAGUUCAUCCCUUUGCACCAGUUCAAAGCCAUCUUCCCGGAGAUCUCCAGGUCGUCCUACUACAACUGGAAACACGAGCUGAUGAAGUCCGGAGGAAACUUCUCCACCUCGACUGAAGAGACCAGUCCGGAGAGCACCGAGCAGGAGGCCUGGUCGUCCCCGGAGACCAAGCAGGACGACCCGGACCACCACGACACCGUGGCCAGUAUGUUCGGCCUCAGCCUCAGCAAGAUGGACGUGGAACGGGCCCAGAAUGUGGCACAGAUGCAGGAGGCCAAGCGCUGCUUGCAGAACUGCAUCGCCAUGAAGACCUCCUUCCCCUUCAGGAUCUUCAAACGAAGCUUUCCGGGGAUCUCCCGCUCCACCUACUACAACUGGAGGAAAGAAGCGAUGCUGUUCAACAGAGGUUACAAGGGCAGUGCCGGCAGCAGCGAGGACAGCUCUGAUCCCGACAAAAGCCAGAGUCCGAAAAGCCUCCUGCCCUCGCUGUCCAACAUCACUCAGCCCAGGCCGAGAAUGAGGAUCUGCAGACAGAAGCACAAAAGCUUCAGGCUGGCAUACAUCAGCAAAAAACAGCUCCGGGACGCCGCCAAGUCCCACCUGCUCAAGUCCAAAUGCUCCCUCACCAAGUUCAAGCUCAGGUUCCCGUCCAUGUCCCCCUGUUUCUACUGGCUGUGGCGCAAUGGCCGCAAGAAGAAGGCCGCCCGGAGCGCGGAGGUGGAGGUCCCGCAGAAUCUGGAGAGAACAGAGACUGAAAACAAGACGCAGGGAGGCUCGGAGAGUCAGAAUCUGCUUCCAUUUGUCAACAGUGCCGCAUACCACCGCAGCGCCUCCAUGCCGCCUUUUGCAGUCGCCCACCCGAAGCCCGCGGUUCACUUUAAGGCGCCCAUACAUGAGCAUAUAUUUGCGAUGGAUGUGGUCGCGCUGGCCAACUUCAAGGCCAAGGCCAAGCUUUUCCUGCAGCAACGCUUUGAGGAGAAAUCCUUUCCCUCAUUCAAAGAAUUCAGGUCCUACUUCCCGUUCACCCCACGCUCGACAUACUACAUGUGGAAGCGAGCUUUGCAUCACGGGGUGUCCCUGGUUCAUGGGUAAGUGUGCGAAGC